AUGGCGCAAGCGCCACGCAAGCCUCUGAUCACCAUCGUUGGUGCAACAGGAACUGGCAAAUCUGAUCUGGCAGUAGAAAUCGCGCGGAAAUAUAAUGGCGAGAUCAUCAACGGCGAUGCGAUGCAAUUGUAUCGUGGGCUGCCCAUCAUUACCAACAAGAUUACGCAAGAUGAGACGAAAGGCGUUCCUCAUCAUCUAUUAGGCUGCAUCAGCCUCGAAGAAGAGACAUGGACUGUGGGGAAAUUCGUAGGCGAGGCUUUGAGAACAUCACUCUUGUUCCAGGAUGCGCUAUCAGAUGAGCCCGAGUUGAAUCUGAAUGAGAAUAGCCAACCUCUACCAAUACUUGAAGAGCCGACCGACAUCCUGCACACAAAGCUAAGGGAAGUUGAUCCCAUCAUGGCCGAUCGGUGGCAUCCAAAUGAGCGGCGCAAAAUCCAGCGGUCACUUGAGAUAUAUCUAAGAACAGGCAAACCAGCUUCGCAGCUCUACAAAGAGCAAAAGCUUCACCGCGAGGCCUCUGCUGUCCAAGCGGAUGGCACAGCAUCGGAUAGUCGGUCAGGCCUUCGUUUCGAAACUCUUGUGUUCUGGGUGCACGCCAACAAGGACGUGUUGCAUCGCCGUCUUGAUGGCCGUGUUGAUAAGAUGAUCGCCCGAGGUCUGCUUUCUGAAGUUGAUGAACUCGGUAGUUUCCGUGAACGCCACGAAUCUAAUACUGGUGCGAGCAUAGACCAAACUCGCGGUAUCUGGGUAUCCAUAGGAUACAAAGAGUUUUUGGAGUACCAAAGCGCUCUUUCGGACAACUCACGCGAAGUAUCCGAGCUGGAGAAACUCAAGACCCUCGCCAUCGAGAAGACGCAAGCUGCUACCCGUCAAUACGCCAAUCGGCAGAUCAAGUGGAUACGCAUUAAGCUUCUCAAUGCACUGAUCAGUGCAGGCCAAAAGAACACCACCUUCCUAGUCGACGGUUCCAACAUAUCUCAAUGGGAAGACAAGGUCACCAAACCCGCCAUAGCCAUUACCGAACAAUUCCUCUCCGGACAACCACUACCAUCGCCCUCUUCACUAUCACCAGCAGCAGCAGAAAUGCUGACACCGAAGCGCGAGUACGAUUUGGGGCAGCGACCAGACCUCUGGCAGAAGAAGGUCUGUGAGACAUGUGGCACGACGUCUAUCACCGAGAAUGAUUGGAGUUUGCAUGUCAAGAGCCGUGCACAUCGAAAAGCAGUAGCCACAAGAAAGAAGCAGGAGAAUGCACACAAGAUGCGGAACGGUAGCGCGAAAAGCCCUCAAGCAGAAGUGAUUGAUGUUCUCGAACACUAUCUAGAUACCUUUCCUGGAAGCCAAGAGCCCAAAUGA